GGGUUGGGGGUGGGGGGGGUGACCAGCCCUGGUGGCCUGUGGUGUGUCCGGGGCUAUGGAGAGUCAGAGUCGGCUGUUGCAGGCGAGAGGAUCCGGGGGAGGCGGUGUGGGGAUGGCGGGACCCCCUCUGCCGACCCUCGCCCCCCACAUGCAGGAGCCCAGUGACAAUGGAGAGGGCAGGAAACAGGACAUCGGGGACAUCCUCCACCAGAUCAUGACCAUCACCGACCAGAGCCUGGACGAGGCUCAGGCCAAGAAACACGCACUGAAUUGCCAUAGGAUGAAACCUGCUCUGUUCAGCGUCUUGUGUGAAAUUAAAGAGAAAACUGGACUCAGCAUACGCAGCGCACAAGAGGAAGAGCCGGUCGACCCUCAGCUGAUGCGACUGGACAACAUGCUGCUGGCGGAGGGCGUGGCCGGGCCGGAGAAAGGGGGGGGGUCGGCGGCAGCCGCUGCAGCGGCGGCCGCGGCCGGGGGAGUCUCUCCCGACAACUCCAUCGAACACUCGGAUUACCGAGCCAAGCUGGCCCAGAUCCGGCAGAUCUACCACACCGAGCUGGAGAAAUACGAGCAGGCGUGUAACGAGUUCACGACACACGUGAUGAACCUGCUGCGGGAGCAGAGCCGAACGAGGCCCAUCUCCCCCAAAGAGAUUGAGCGAAUGGUCGCCAUUAUUCACCGCAAGUUCAGCUCCAUCCAGAUGCAGCUCAAACAGAGCACGUGUGAGGCCGUCAUGAUCCUCCGCUCACGCUUUCUCGACGCUAGGAGAAAAAGGCGUAAUUUCAGUAAACAAGCCACGGAGAUUCUGAAUGAGUAUUUUUACUCGCACCUCAGUAACCCCUAUCCCAGCGAGGAGGCCAAAGAAGAACUGGCAAAAAAGUGCGGCAUCACUGUCUCGCAGGUGUCCAACUGGUUUGGAAACAAGCGAAUUCGCUAUAAGAAGAACAUUGGUAAGUUCCAGGAGGAGGCUAACAUUUACGCUGUUAAGACGGCAGUGAACGCAACCGCAGCUUCUCAGAACAGCCAAGCAAACUCGCCCGUCACUCCCACCUCUGCAGGCUCCUCGGGAUCCUUUAACCUAUCGGGCUCCGGGGAUAUGUUCAUGGGCAUGCAGGGGUUAAACGGCGACACGUACCAGGGGGCACAGGUCAGUGCAGGGGUGGGCAGAGCGGGAGUGGAAUCCCUGCGUCACUCGCUGAGCCAGGCGGGUGGUUAUGGAGACGGGCUGAGCUCCAAUCAGAUGUACUCUCCGCGGGACAUCAGGGCUAACGGAGGUUGGCAGGACGCGGCCACCCCCUCCUCGGUCACGUCGCCCACGGAAGCACCCGGAAGUGUGCACUCUGACACCUCCAACUGAUGGGCCCGCCCGCCUGCCCCGCCCGAGCCUUCCUCCAGCAACGACCGACUCACCCACCGACCCACCCACAGGAGGAAGAGGAGGGAGGGAGGAAAACAAAUAAUUUUUUGUUAA